AUGCCCCCGCCGUCGUGGUUCCACGUCGCGAUGCACCGCGAGCCGGUGGUGAUGUGGAGCCUCUUCCUCGGCGCCCUCGGGAUGGCGCUCCCGCUCGUCGUCCCCAGAGACGCGUUCGCGCGCGCGUCGACGCGCGCGCGGAAUCCACCAUCCGCCGCGGACGUCGUCGCCGCGCUCCGUCCAGGGCGCGCGUGA